CGCUCCGCUGCCCGCGGGACCCGGGCCUCCGGCCGCUCUCCUCCCGCCCCGUCCAGCGCGCGCGCUGCCCCGGCUCCCGGAGCAUCCCCCCCCCGCCCCCUCCUCAGCGCCCGCGUUCCUAUGGACAGACGCACAGACACCUGCAGGAAAGACACCGCUGAUCCUUUAACAUGGAGGAUUGUCUUCAUACCUCAUCUGAGAAUCUGUCCAAAUUGGUCAGCUGGGCCCACAGCCAUGGGACCAUUUGCAGCCUCAUUCCAAACCUGAAACACCUGCUUUCUGAAGGUUCCCAUGGGAACCUGACGGCAAUGUGGGGCUGUAGUGCUGGCCAUGCUUACCACUGGCCCCUAACAGCUACUUGCAGAGCUGGGUCCCAAGAGAGAGUGUGUUUCCAGGAUAAUAGAAGUUUUAACUCUGAUAGUCCCAGUAUAAUCGGGGUGCCUUCUGAGACACAGACUAGCCCUGUGGAAAGGUACCCUGGGAGACCAGUGAAAGCAAAGCUAGAUUGUAACCGAACCAGAGACUCCUGUGACUUCUCUUACUGCAGUGAGCCUUCUGAACUGGAUGAGGCCGUUGAAGAAUAUGAGGAUGAAAACACCCUCUUUGACAUGGUUUGUGAGUCUUCUGUUACUGAUGAGGACAGUGACUUUGAACCCCAAACCCAAAGGCCUCAAAGCAUUACACGCAAAAGGCCUGGAGUGGUACCGUCUUCCCUCCAUUCAAGCUCCCAAGCACAGAUGAUGGAUGAAUGCAGCAAUGAUGUCAUCAUCAAGAAAAUCAAACAAGAAAUUCCAGAAGACUAUUACAUUGUGGCAAAUGCAGAGCUGACUGGAGGAGUAGAUGGACCAGCUCUGUCAUUGACACAGAUGGCAAAACCCAAGACUCAGGCUCAUGCUGGUCCGUCCUGUGUUGGGACUGCUAAGCUGAUUCCUCAUGUCACGUCUGCCAUCAGCACAGAGCUGGACCCACAUGGUAUGUCUGCAUCCCCCUCUGUGAUCUCCAGACCAAUCGUCCAGAAGACUGCGAGGGUAUCUCUGGCUUCACCAAACAGAGGACCCCCUGGUGCACAUGGCACCAGUCAGCAGGUAGCCAUGCAGAUGCCUGUGAGCACAUCCCAUCCAAACAAGCAGAUCAGCAUCCCUUUAUCUGCCCUGCAACUUCCUGGACAAGAUGAACAAGUUGCUUCGGAAGAGUUCCUGCCCCACCUGCCCAGCCAGGUCUCUUCCUGUGAGGUGGCCCUUUCUCCUUCAGUCAACACAGAGCCAGAAGUGAGCUCCAGUCAACAGCAGUCCCAGGUCGCACCAACCAUAACCACUGAGGCCACAGCACAGUGCAUACCAGACCAGGAUGAAAGAGCAGCGGAGCUCAGCAGGGAGCAGAACGAGAAAACCAUCCGGAGCACGCAGACCGCGCUCCGCAAUUUCCGCGAGUUCCUCAUCUCCAAGUAUCCUUCGGAGACCAGAGAGAUCUAUGUCAUCCCUUGCAAGGAGCUGGAUGCCUAUCUUGCCUCUUUCUUUGUGGACGCCAGGCAGAAGGAUGGGUCUGAGUACGAACCCAACAGCUUGGCCAAUUACCAGUGUGGGCUUGAGCGGUACCUGAAAGAGCACAGAUAUGGCUACAGCAUCACCAGGGACAAGGAAUUCAAGCGGUCCCAGGAGGCACUGAAGCAAAAGCAGAUCGAACUCCGCUGCAAAGGGAAAGGGAAUAAGCCACAUAAGUCCAUGAAGCUCACCUUUGCCGACGAGCUCAUCCUGCGUAAGCGGGGACUGCUCAGCCGGUACAAUCCAGAGGGCCUGCUCAACCUCGUCUGGCUCAACAACACCAAGGCUUUUGGCCACUGCACGGGCUUCCAUGGAUCCACCUUGAAGUGGGGCGAUAUUCGCCUCCGGGUGACAGAAACCGGGCUGGAGUACCUGGAGUGGAUGGGUCAGGACGCCGGAGACCUGAACGCCAAAACCAAAAGAGGGGGCACGGACUCCCGAGUGUACGCCACACAGCACGCCCCGCAGACGUGCCCGGUGCAGGACUAUAAGGAGUACGCUCAGCGGCGGCCCCCUGCCAUGCGGUAUGAGGAUGCCCCUUUCUACCUGUCCAUCAAGCCGGUUGUGAAUUUGGCGGCUCUACACUGGUACAACUGCCAGGCCCUCGGCAAGAAUAAGCUGGCCAAGAUGGUGAAGACCAUGUGUGAGAAGGGCAACAUCCCUGGCCGUAAGACCAACUUCAGCGUGUAUCAGAGCUGCAGCACACUGUCCGAGGCCCAGAGCAACCAGCUGGUGCUCAUCUGUAACAACCUGAGCCAGCAGGCUGCCCAGUCGGUGGCUGGGCGCUCCAACAGCGGCAACUUCGUCCUCUCGGCCUCCUAUGACUCCUCCUCAGACACAGCCUGAUCGGGUGGCUGGAGCAGGACUUUGGUGACUUUGUCCAGAGGAACUGUGACUGUACACCGCUUCUCCUUCCCUUUCCUCUGCGCUCAGUGUUCAUUCACUUUAUAUAGAUAUAACUAUCUAAUAUAUUUUUCUUUUUACAGAUAAGGCAAUGGAGAUAGUUUACUAUUACUGACAUGGUAUUUCUAGACUUCAGACACACCACCGUACUUAUGGGCAACCGUGACGAGGGACUACAGAACCACAGUGGUCCUCAGGCAGCACACAGUGGAGGGGGGAUUCCGUUUAA